AUGCUCACCUAUGUGAAUGAAAAUCCAAAAUUUGCAGAAACCUUAAAAUAACUAGUAGAAUGUGGAAAAGAUAGAGCAAUCAGAUGGCCAGAAAUAGCUAAAGUUUUGGAAAACAUGUUUAGUAUUACUAUUUCAAAGCCUUGUCUACUUAAGCCAGCCUAUUAAUCUAUUAUAAGUCCAAAUGUGGAAUUGGAUAAAUAAUAACAUAGAUUAUUAGUUACUACAGUCAUCAAACAUUCAGCUAUUAUUAAAUAAGCUUUGCCUGACUUUCAAAAAACUUCAGGAAUAUAGUAAAGAUUUUAAUUAUAUCUACAGAAUUCAAUCAAAAAAGUUCUAAAGCAGAAUGUAUCGAUCCUUUAAAACAGCAAUAGAAACAGGAAUUUAAGUAUUUGUGUAAAAGAAAUCAGAAUAUAGAAAGAGAUUAGUUAGAGUUCCUGGAUCAGCUAUAUCUCGUGUAUUAUAGUGCAAGGUUCUUCCAUCAGAUGAUUCUUUCACAAAUAAAUUAAAAUUUAUGUCAGAUCAAUUGUCUCUAUUAUUAAUGAUUAGUAUUGAUUAUGAUGGAGAAGAUAUUACAGCACUCUAUUCUACAGUAACUUAAAAAAUGACCAAGAAGAAUUUCCAUUUAUUAUUAAAUUGUAUUUCAUUUAUGUUUGACUUAAAAUGUAUUAGUCAAGGUUAAAUCACACGAGAUGAUUAAUUAACCCCUGAUUAUUGGUUAUAGCCAACUAUCAAAGAAAAUCAGAAAUUAUACGUUUAUAAUUAUUUCUUUGAAGAUGACAAUUGUUAAAAAUAUAAAAUGUAUUCAGAUGCAGUUGAUGUUUAAUAAGAAAUGGAAUAUAAAGUGUUUUUAAAUAUAAAUCCUAUAUCUUAACCUAAAUAAUAGUCAUUCUUAAAAAAAAAUGCAAAAUUAAAAACAGUAAGAGGAAGGAUAACAGUAAAUGAUAAAAAGUAUCCAAGUGAAAGAACUAUUAUCUUUGCUGAACCAGAAGAAGAAAGUGAAGAAGAAUUUUAUGAUAUUAAAUUUGGUAGAAAAUAGAAUUGCAUUUGA